AUGCUGGCUCCCGACAGCGACGUUGACGGCGUGGCAUGCUGCUGCAGGGUUGGCGAGCUGCUGAACCCAUUCGAGCCGCUAGAACCGUUCGACAGCGACGACGGUGUCGACACCACGGGAGCAGGCUCUGGUAGCUCGGCCACCGAGUCGGACGAGUUCGACACCAAAGUGGUGGCCGACCCGCUCCGCCGACGUGUAGGGAACUCGUACUCGUUGGAGAUGGCGUCUGCGUCGUCCUGGAGACUGUUAUCGUCGUCGUCGGGCUCUUCGUCGGGGCUUUCCACUGUGGACGAGCCAAGAUCCAGCGGGUCCAGCGAGAGCUCUUCUGGGUCGGUGGACGAAGGCGUGGCAAGACUCGAGUCUGUGUGCGGGUCCUGUUUCUUGCUAGAACCGGAAAACCUGCGUUUCCACUUGGAAACCAGCGACGUCAAAUCAAUGGAGCUGGUUCGUCUGCGGAACCGUUCCAUGGUGGGUCUGGAUCUGUAG